AUGUAUGGCCACGGAUCGCAGGACGAACUGUACGAUGACGUCGAGGGCCGGUUCAGAACCUGCGAUAAAGUUCUAUACCCGGAUCCACCAGCAGGUGUGCCGGUAGUGAACACGACCAGGGUGGCGUACAGGGCAAGCACCAGAACGCAGUACCGGAAGCUGCUCUGCGUCAUCGACACCAGGUACUUCUCGGCAAGGCGUCCGUACGUUGUGGAACGACUGCCAACAACGUACUGCUCGGAGCUGAUUUUCUACGCUGCGUACGUGAAUGCGGCAGGGAAUAAUAAAGUGCACCUUAAGCAUGGCCAUAUUGACGUGGCGUUCGUCCAGCAGCUCAAGAGGAUAAAGCAAAUGCGCAAACAUCGCGGUGAUCGGCUCCGAUUUCACCUCACUCUGGGCGGGUCGCACAACGAUUCACCAAACUUCGUGGAGAUGCUGGAGAAACACGAGCUGCGUGACAAGGUCGUCACGGAGCUGUUCAACGUCAGUGCUAUUUUCGACGGUGUGAACAUCCACUGGGACCGUCCAGGCGGCUAUUGCGACAAGGAAUUUACACCAGCCUAUUUCCGCGCCUUUCUCGAGGCGUUGUACCUAAAAAGGAUGAGCCUGAUCCUCACGGUGCCGCCAGUGCUAGAGCUGGUGCGCAAGUUCUGGCUCAUCAGCCUGACGCGCUACACGGACUACGUCAUCGUUACGACGCACACACUUCGUCGAAAGGGAUUACUGGACUGCUCUGGGAGGCGUGAGUUCGCGACGGCAUCGUACCUCGCCAUCCGGGACCACGUCUUCCAGGAGACGGCCAAUCCGUUCCAGGCAGCGAAGGUCAUCUAUUCCAUUGCCCUCGGCGCCGACGUGUUCCGGGCGACUCUGCCGCUGAGCUCCCCGCGGCUGCUGGAUGCCGGCACACCGUCCAGUGUCUUCGACGGCCCCACGGUGCAGACGAACAAGACGAGCUACGACCACGUGUGCCGCAUGCCCAAGGGUGUCUUCGACGGCGACAGCGAGUGCGCCUACGCCAUCCGGCAGCAGACCACCGGUAGCACCGAGCUCGCCUUGUUCGCGGGCCCCGAGGAACUGGUUACGCGCAUGCGCAAGUCGUACUACAGCAAGAUGGGCGACACACCGGUUGCCGUGUAUGACUUAUUUUUGGACGACUUCGGCGGGAACUGCGUUUAUGCCGGAGGGCCGACUACGAGGGACUCUCCCCUGGUGGCUGCCAUCGCUGAGACGGGAGUGGAACCGUGA